AUGGCUUUAAGAGGCAUGGAUAUUCUCAUAGAAGAAAAACUUUCUGAAAUUCGUAAGAUAGAAUUUAUAGAAAAAGCCAUUGUCGCAAAGUUUCAUAUAUUAGGGAAUAGUGAAUCUGAAAAUUUAGACCUUGAUGAUGCUAUAAGAAACAUUGAAUGGUAUGCGAUUGCAUAUAAAUCAUUGGCAGCUAAUCAAGCGGAUGGUCGCAAUGCUGCAAUAUUACAAAGAAAAAUUGCUCUAUGUCAUCUUGAAGACCAUGCGUUAGCCGAUGCAACUGAAGCCAUUCGCCAGGCCCAAUUACAUGAACAUAAUUCGGCAGCAAAUUUUUAUAUAUUAUUCCAUAUCGCAAUGGAAAAGCGACAAAUUGUUCAAGGUUCUAUUAAAUAUUUUAUUAAAAAAAUUUUUGGUAUAUCUUGCAAAAAUUCAAAAGAAUCUGUCUUUUCUUAUAUAGCCAUUCAACACUUGCAUGAAAUGUGUAAAGGGGAUGAAUUUCACGGAAAUAUGCUCACGAUGGCCGCUCACGAGGCUUAUCAGAAAGGAAAUAAGGCAGUUCUUAUCGAAGCUUUGAAGGAAAUUCUGGAAAAACACGAAAAGGGUGAAGACAUUGCUAACAGAGAUCUAUUGCAACAAACUCUUGCAAGCAUUGAACAAUACAAAAAGUUAAAAAAGACAUUGGGUAAAAGAAAGCGAUCUACAUUGGAUGAUGAUCAGGAAAAUAAAUCCACUGCACAGAGUGAUAUGAUUUUAAUAAUUUUAUUCGAAUUUGAAGCUAAAAUAAAACUGGGAUUAUGGAAUGAAUUGCUAACAGUUCUUGAUGCAAGUACCUUCAAAAAUAUUCGAACGUAUGGCUGA